AAAAUGAAGAAAAAAGAAAUGACGUGUUUACGAAAAACAUGUGCAGAGAACUGUCAGAUAUGGAAAAUUUAAUUGCCAUUGUUUAUGGAAAUAAUAAGUGAAAUAGUUAGUUAAGUUAAUUUAACUUAAAAUAUUGCACUUAACAUGUCUGAAGAGUUUCGUGCGGUGACACGUAAAAAAUGGAUGGCACGCAGAGCUAUAAAUCCUAGAUUGCGCAAGCUGUCUGAACGCAGUAUUGAAAAGGAUGAAAAAGAAGUGGAUGUUGAUGCUUUUCUAAAACGCUUGGAGCAGUUAUGCACACAAAUGGUAGGCAGUGAUUACUUUCUACAAGCUAUGGAUACAGUGGAGGAAAGUCUGAAUGCGUUGACAGAAAAGGAGCAGUUCACACGCUUACUUUGUUUUGGCAUCGGUCCGUUCACACGCAAUUUUCAAGCCUUGCAUCAACUAGCCUUCAUCAUAUGCACACAACGGCAUUAUUGCAUUAAAGAAGCUAUAUAUUUUGAUCCAGUAUUUCGCGAAAGUGAAAAGCAAGUUCUACAAGGACUCAGCUGCGCGAUAAUGACAGAAAAUUGUGAAGCUAAAUAUGCGGUAGAUGAACGCACACUAUUUUAUCUGCCACAUUGUCCCAAUUGUUUAACUAAUAAUCUGUUAUGGAGCAAUUGGCGACCGCAUCAGAUGAAAAAUUUGGUGCUUAUCAAUAAUAGUUUCGAAAGUCUGUCGCUAAGUAAACCUGAGCGUUGGUUAAGAUUAGAUUCGGGUUAUAUAUUAGAUAUUCUACCAUAUGCAAAAGAGUUUCAAUUGGAGGAUGAUUACGAGACACAUAAUGUUUUUAACGAUUUGUCAGUGCAUGUAUUCCCUUUGACGUCGCUGCCGGCAGAAAAGGAUAGUUUUUGGGCGGAAAAAGAAGCACCAACAUACAAAGAUGUAGAAAUGAUUUCGGCUGAAGAAUUUACCAAACUCAACAUAAAAUAAGAAUCACAAAAGAUAUUUUGUACAACAUAGUAAUAAGUAAUUUAAGUUGGUGAAGUAUAUAACAUUUAAAUAUUUUAUUGAUACACAAGUCU